CCUGGACACAACCCGAGGCGUCGGAGGUCGUCGGGGUCGUUCACGGGGUGGCAUAUCUCAGCCCCAGCCUUAAAAACCACAUCUCCCCCCACCAAGUCCACUGGAGACGCAACAACAACAUGAAGCUGGCCAGCAGGGACAGCGACGGGAGGGUCCAGUACCCCAACAGCAGCUACAAGGGACGCCUGGAGCUCUUCCCCAACAACACCCUCAAAAUCACCCACCUCCAGAAAAACGACAGCAGCACGUACCAGGUGUACCUGGAGGACAACGUGGGCAAGGAGCACAUCGAGAACAUCCUCCUGGUGGUGUACGACCUGGUCCCCAAGCCCGUCGUGAGUGCCAGAGUGUUCAAGAGCGACCUGGAGUUGUGCAAUGCCACCCUGGAGUGCUGGGUGGGAGUCGAUGGGGUGAUCUACGAGUGGAUCCCCCCCCAGAGGAUCCAAGUGAAGGAUGGGGGUGCUGCUGAGCAGCCUGUGUCCUUCAACCCCUUGGUAGAAACCUACACCUGCAGAGUCAGAAACCCUGUCUCGUCCAACAGCUCCUUGCUGAUCUACAAACACCCCUGCUCCUGGACAGCUGAGUCUUCGGCAGCUGCAUCUUGCACCGUCACCAGCGUGCUGGUGGCCCUGGGACAUCUCCUCCUCCUCCUCCUCCUCCUCGCUCUGAUUUAA